CCACAAGUCUCCACCUGCGCGGCCCGUGGCGCCUUGAGUAGUUCUUAUCCAACCCAUUCCCCUCGCCCUCAGCAAACCUUUAAACGUUGAGCUCCUUCUUUUCUUUGCAAAUAGUUACCUCUGGCCCGCGAGGCGCACUGGGCUACCCCCCCUUUCCUCUUUUCUUCCCAGACCUGCAGUGCAGAAUAAGUUGGGGCCCUACCCGGGGUGUCUUGUCAAAAUGUGAUCCACCACAUUUGGCUUGGGGAAAUUCAAGUUUUGUUUUUGUUUUUUUUAAUCGAAUAGCCAUAAGACUCCAACCAUUCUCAGGAACAACUUGAUGGUACUUUGCUCAGCUAGGAAAAGUGGGUCGGGGAGAAAGGCAGAGAAGCAAUGCAGAAUUCUUUUGAGCACUUGUCAUUCCGUGCUAUUCAGAAUAGUUUAAACUUUAAACACUGACACGUCUUACUCAACAAAAAGGACUGAACUCAGAAAAAAUCAAUUGCGUUUCAGAAGUAUUCCUAGGAAGGAUCUAUAAAUAGUUUCAAAAAUACUCAUUGCUGCUUAUAAAGUUCGAUCACUGAAAAAGUGAACACUUUAAAUACAGAUUUCAAACAUGCUGUUUAAAAGUCGAAGGUAAAAGGUGGUAAACUAGGGCCUCCUGCCACGAAGCAGAGCAUUGAAACCACAGCAAAACCUGGUUUUGCUUCAAAUGAUUGGAUCCGGGGCAAGUUUAGAAUCUUGACUUAAUAUGCCAGAAAGGGGGCUGUGGCUCCAGGAGUAAAACUGAUGCUGAAAUCUUUACAAAAAUGUCGGGGCCUGAAUACUCUUUCCGUUCUUGCCCUGGCUAGUAGUUUUCACGGUACAGUCACAGCGGGGUUCCCUGAGCUGCAAAUGAAGAGUUUAGUUUUCAUACAAACAUAGAAUUGUUGGAAGGUAAAUGCCUAUAAAUGCAAGUCUUUGAAGUGCAGUUCUUUUGAUGGCAUGCUAAUUUUUUUCUUUGCCUUCAGAAGUGUAGUUACCAAAAUACCUAAGAAGAGUUUUUCCUUUUUUAGUUUGUUCUUGAAUAGUCAAGUAUUAGAAAAUUGUUUCGACUUCCUGAAGGAAACUUUUGGGAAGCGUGCGUAGCAACAGUAAUAAAAUAACAGUGCUGCUUUUUAAGAAUACCUGUGGAAACACACACCCUUAGAAAAGCAGAAAUUGAAAGUGCUUUCAUAUACACACAAGGAUGCAACAAAAGAGAACUUACAGUGAUCAUAUACUCAUUUCAUUUUCUUGUCACAUGCCAGUGAGAAUGACCUUUUUAAACCUAACACUUUUUUUUUUAAUUUAUUUCCGAGGUCACUCCCUUCUUUUUCCCAUUUAUUUUGUAAACUACUUAGUAACUAGCAUUACUUUGUACUCUUAAAUUUUACUGUGUUUAACUUCAAAUGAAUAGAUAUGAAAUUGAAUUUUCAUUUUCUUGUGUUUGCAGGGAUUUGAAUGGGAAUAAUAUCACAAGGAUUACUAAAACAGAUUUUGCUGGUCUUCGACAUCUAAGAGUUCUGCAGCUUAUGGAGAAUAAGAUUAGCACCAUUGAAAGGGGAGCAUUCCAGGAUCUUAAAGAGCUGGAGAGACUGCGUUUAAACAGAAAUCACCUUCAGCUGUUUCCUGAGUUGCUGUUUCUUGGGACUUCUAAGCUAUACAGGCUCGAUCUCAGUGAAAACCAAAUUCAGGCAAUACCAAGGAAGGCUUUCCGUGGGGCAAUUGAUAUUAAAAAUCUGCAACUGGAUUACAACCAGAUCAGCUGUAUUGAAGAUGGAGCGUUUAGGGCUCUCCGGGACCUGGAAGUGCUCACUCUGAACAAUAACAACAUUACUAGACUUUCUGUGGCAAGUUUCAACCAUAUGCCUAAACUUAGGACUUUUCGGCUCCAUUCCAACAACUUGUAUUGUGACUGCCACCUGGCCUGGCUCUCUGACUGGCUGCGCCAGAGGCCUCGGGUCGGCCUCUACACCCAGUGUAUGGGCCCAUCCCACCUGAGGGGCCAUAAUGUAGCUGAGGUUCAGAAACGAGAAUUUGUCUGCAGCGGGCACCAGUCCUUCAUGGCUCCGUCUUGCAGCGUUCUGCACUGCCCGACCACGUGUACCUGUAGCAACAAUAUCGUAGACUGUCGUGGGAAAAGUCUCACUGAAAUCCCCACAAAUCUGCCUGAGACCAUCACAGAAAUACGUUUGGAACAGAACUCAAUCAAGGUCAUCCCUGCUGGAGCUUUCUCACCAUAUAAAAAGCUCAGAAGAAUUGACCUGAGCAAUAAUCAGAUCUCCGAACUAGCACCAGAUGCUUUUCAAGGACUGCGCUCACUGAAUUCACUUGUACUCUAUGGAAAUAAAAUCACAGAACUCCCAAAAAGCUUAUUUGAGGGACUAUUUUCCUUACAGCUUCUAUUAUUGAAUGCCAACAAGAUCAACUGCCUUCGGGUAGAUGCUUUUCAGGACCUCCACAACUUGAACCUCCUCUCCUUAUAUGACAACAAGCUUCAGACCAUCGCCAAGGGGACCUUCUCACCUCUCCGGGCCAUUCAGACUAUGCAUUUGGCUCAGAACCCAUUUAUUUGUGACUGCCAUCUGAAGUGGCUGGCGGAUUACCUCCAUACCAACCCCAUAGAGACCAGUGGUGCCCGCUGCACCAGCCCCCGCCGUCUGGCCAACAAAAGAAUCGGGCAGAUCAAAAGCAAGAAAUUUCGUUGUUCAGCUAAAGAACAGUAUUUCAUUCCAGGUACAGAAGAUUAUCGAUCAAAAUUAAGCGGGGACUGCUUUGCAGAUUUGGCUUGCCCUGAAAAGUGCCGCUGUGAAGGGACCACAGUAGAUUGCUCCAAUCAAAAACUCAACAAAAUCCCAGACCACAUUCCCCAGUACACUGCGGAGCUGCGUCUCAAUAAUAAUGAAUUCACUGUUUUGGAAGCCACUGGAAUCUUUAAGAAACUUCCUCAACUGCGUAAAAUAAACUUUAGCAACAAUAAGAUCACAGACAUUGAAGAGGGCGUGUUUGAAGGCGCAUCUGGGGUAAAUGAAAUACUUCUCACAAGUAAUCGUUUGGAAAAUGUUCAGCAUAAGAUGUUCAAGGGAUUGGAAAGCCUCAAAACUUUGAUGUUGAGAAGCAAUCGCAUAAGCUGCGUAGGGAAUGACAGUUUCAUAGGACUGAGUUCUGUGCGCUUGCUUUCUCUGUAUGAUAAUCAGAUUACAACAAUUGCACCAGGGGCCUUUGAUACGCUCCAUUCCUUAUCUACUCUAAACCUCUUGGCCAAUCCUUUUAACUGUAACUGCUACCUGGCCUGGUUGGGAGAGUGGCUUAGGAAGAAAAGAAUUGUAACAGGAAAUCCUCGAUGUCAGAAACCGUACUUCCUAAAAGAAAUUCCCAUCCAGGAUGUUGCCAUUCAAGACUUCACUUGUGAUGAUGGAAACGAUGAUAAUAGUUGUUCACCACUCUCUCGCUGCCCUACGGAAUGCACUUGCUUGGAUACCGUAGUCCGAUGUAGCAACAAGGGCUUGAAGGCCCUGCCGAAAGGUAUUCCACGGGAUGUCACUGAGCUGUAUCUGGAUGGGAACCAAUUCACACUGAUUCCCAAGGAACUCUCUAACUACAAACAUUUAACACUUAUAGACUUAAGUAACAACCGAAUAAGCACGCUUUCUAAUCAGAGCUUCAGCAACAUGACCCAGCUCCUCACCUUGAUUCUCAGCUACAACCGUCUCAGAUGUAUUCCUCCCCGAACUUUCGAUGGGCUGAAAUCUCUUCGGUUACUUUCUUUACAUGGAAAUGACAUUUCGGCUGUGCCUGAAGGUGCUUUCAAUGAUCUUUCUGCGCUGUCACACCUAGCAAUUGGAGCCAACCCUCUUUACUGUGAUUGUAACAUGCAGUGGUUAUCAGACUGGGUAAAGUCGGAAUAUAAAGAACCAGGAAUUGCUCGCUGUGCUGGCCCAGGAGAAAUGGCCGAUAAACUAUUGCUCACAACUCCCUCCAAAAAAUUUACAUGCCAAGGUCCUGUGGAUGUUAAUAUUCUUGCUAAAUGUAAUCCCUGUUUAUCAAAUCCGUGUAAAAAUGAUGGCACCUGCAACAACGACCCAGUUGACUUCUAUCGGUGCACCUGUCCGUACGGUUUCAAGGGGCAGGAUUGCGAUGUCCCAAUCCAUGCAUGUGUCAGUAACCCAUGUCAACAUGGAGGAACUUGCCGCUUAAAAGAAGGAGAAAAGAGUGGAUUCUGGUGUAUUUGUGCUGAUGGGUUUGAAGGAGAAAAUUGUGAAGUCAAUAUUGAUGACUGUGAAGAUAACGACUGUGAAAAUAAUUCUACAUGCGUUGAUGGAAUUAAUAACUACACCUGUCUUUGCCCACCUGAGUACACAGGUGAGUUGUGUGAGGAGAAGCUGGACUUCUGUGCCCAGGACCUGAACCCCUGCCAGCAUGACUCCAAGUGCAUCCUGAUACCUAAGGGAUUCAAAUGUGACUGUACUCCAGGAUACAUAGGCGAGCAUUGCGACAUUGAUUUUGACGACUGUCAAGAUAACAAGUGUAAAAAUGGAGCCCACUGCACCGAUGCAGUGAAUGGCUAUACCUGCAUCUGCCCUGAAGGUUACAGUGGCUUGUUCUGUGAGUUUGGUCCGCCCAUGGUUCUCCCUCGUACCAGCCCCUGUGAUAAUUUCGACUGUCAGAAUGGAGCUCAGUGCAUCAUCAGGAUAAAUGAGCCAAUAUGCCAGUGUUUGCCCGGCUACCAGGGAGAGAAGUGUGAAAAAUUAGUCAGUGUGAAUUUUGUAAACAAAGAAUCUUAUCUUCAGAUCCCUUCAGCCAAAGUUCGUCCUCAAACAAACAUCACUCUUCAGAUUGCCACAGAUGAAGACAGUGGAAUCCUCCUGUAUAAGGGUGACAGAGACCACAUAGCGGUAGAACUCUACCGGGGACGUGUUCGUGCCAGCUAUGACACCGGCUCUCACCCAGCUUCUGCCAUUUACAGUGUGGAGACAAUCAAUGAUGGAAACUUCCAUAUUGUGGAACUGCUUGCCCUGGAUCAGAGUCUGUCCCUCUCCGUGGAUGGAGGGAGCCCCAAAAUCAUCACCAACUUGUCAAAGCAGUCCACUCUGAAUUUUGACUCCCCACUCUAUGUAGGAGGCAUGCCCGGGAAGAACAACGUGGCAGCCGCCCUGCGCCAGGCCCCUGGGCAGAAUGGCACCAGCUUCCAUGGAUGCAUCCGAAACCUGUACAUCAACAGCGAGCUUCAGGACUUCCGGAAGGUACCCAUGCAAACAGGCAUCCUGCCCGGCUGUGAGCCAUGCCACAAGAAAGUGUGUGCCCAUGGCAGGUGCCAGCCCAGCAGCCAGUCAGGCUUCACCUGCGAGUGUGAGGAAGGAUGGAUGGGGCCCCUGUGUGACCAGAGGACCAAUGACCCCUGUCUGGGAAAUAAGUGUGUCCAUGGUACCUGCCUGCCCAUCAAUGCAUUCUCCUACAGCUGUAAGUGCCUGGAGGGCCAUGGAGGUGUCCUCUGUGAUGAAGAGGAAGAUCUGUUUAACCCCUGCCAGGCCAUCAAGUGUAAGCAUGGGAAGUGCAGGCUUUCAGGACUUGGGCAGCCCUAUUGCGAAUGCAGCAGUGGAUACACUGGGGACAGCUGUGAUCGGGAAAUCUCUUGUCGAGGGGAACGGGUACGAGAUUAUUACCAAAAGCAGCAGGGCUAUGCCGCUUGCCAGACCACCAAGAAGGUGUCCCGAUUGGAAUGCCGAGGUGGCUGUACCGGUGGGCAGUGCUGUGGGCCUCUGAGGAGCAAGAGACGGAAAUACUCUUUUGAAUGCACUGACGGGUCUUCGUUCGUGGACGAGGUUGAGAAGGUGGUGAAGUGCGGCUGCACAAGGUGUGCCUCCUAGGUGCCCCUCUGGCAGCUUUAGCCCUUGGAAAAUGUUGUCUACUUAUUGACCAUGUUGGACUAAUUAAUGCUUCAUAGUGGAAAUAUUUGAAAUAUAUUGUAAAAUACAGAACAGACUUAUUUUUAUUAUGAGAAUAAAGACUUUUUUUUUUCUGCAUUUGAAAAUAAAAAAGAAAUGCUUGAACUGAAGCUUCCCCUACACUGGAGAAGUGUGAAGAAAGAUCUACCUGGAGGCAUGAUUACUGCGACGGGAACCACUGUUAUCUCAGAUUUAUCUUCGUAACAUGCUGAAGACAGACAGAAGCACAUACUCAAGGACUAGACAGCCUACUCUGCAUGGAUGGGAAAUUGCCCAGAACGUAAACCUCACGUGUUCUCAUUCACAUCAAUGCUGUUUGCAAGGACAGACCAUACCCGUGUGUGUGAGUGAGGAGCUAAGCCAGGGGAAUGGAAAUCCAGAAUCCGUAGAUACAACAAAUAGUUGAGGAAUAUUUUGUGCAAAAUAGAAAAUGCCCUGAAGAUCUGGGUUCCAUUCAUAGCAGAAAUGUGAGCGCUAAAAUCGAUUUUGCCUUCUUUUUAAAUGUCAGCAUGUUCGCAAAAAGCACACAGAAGUGUUCAUCUGCCAUUUUCCAGUAUUAAUUUUUUGUUGUAAUAUAAAGGAGAUGAUAAAGAACCAAUAGAUUAUUGAUAAAUAAAUUAGUAAUAAUAUGAAUUUUUGUUUCUAUGAAUUCUAAACAGCCCUAUACAGUAUUCAGUUUCAAGGAGAAAUAUUUAUUGUAUCAAAGUACAUUGUACUUAACAUUUUAGGCCAUCCUUUUGCUGUUUCUCGAUGCUUUAAUAUAUAUUAAUUUAUAAUUGUCCUGAUAUUUUUGUACAUUUUUCAAACUUAAAAAUCAGGAUGUUUUUUGUUUUUGUGUUUUGGCAAUAGUACUAACAUAGGGUGUUAUCUUGGGAUAAAUCUGUGUUGGUCCAUUUGUUUACCUUGACAUUUGACUGCUGGUGUCAUUGACCUACUGCCCUCAUCCAGAACACCUGCAAGAAGUAUGUAAAGUCCAAGGAAAAUGCAAAUCUAUGAGUGAGGUGGUCAUUGUACAGAAAGAAAUGGCCCCUCUUUAGCCUAUACUCACAGAAAAGAAAUGGUAUGGAGCAAUCAACACUAGAAAGUAGACAUUCAACAAAUUAAUAUUUCCAUGAAUUUUUUCCCUUUGUUGGGGGGUUGGGGUGGGAUUUGGAAGAGAAAAAACUGUAAUGUCAAGAACUGUGACUUUUUUUUUCCCAAAUAAUAAAACUCUUUUAUUCCCUUUAUGUUCCCAUGUUAACAUGUUUGCUGCUAAAUUCCAAUGUAGAAUUGAUAAUGAUUUAUAGUGGACUUUGCUUUUCCCUCAUUGAAAUCCCAGGGUACCCUGUAAAGAUGCAGAUGUUUCUUUCCAACAACUUUUUUUUUUUACCAAGGAAAUUAGAUGUACGUGUAUAAUUCAGUGUGCUUUGUCUUUAUCCAGACUAAUAUCAGUUACACUACUGAUGUUUGUAAAUUAAACAGAUAUUUACUUCAUUAACAGCUUGGUGGUUUUCUUAGAAACUGCACAAUAUUUGGAGGUCCCUCCUUAAGGUUUUGUUAAUCAAAGUGAGAAAGACCAGGAAAGGAAACUUUUACCUUUUUGUUGCCGGAAAUUGAUUUGAGAUUAACAUU